GCCGAAGGGAUUCCCCGUCACCCCAUAACCCCCAUGGCACCAGAGUCCGGGGAUAACCCUUGCGAUCACGGCCGUGACUACCGUGACGUGGAGGGUGGUGAAAGUGCUCGCCUUUUGAGAGAUACAGGAGGAAGGGGGGAACCUGAUGUCAUUGCUCCCUCGCGUCCUCGUGAGUGCGCACACUCCCGGUUGCCUGCAUCCUUACCCUCCCAGCUGCAGCAACCGGAGGAGGAUGCGGAAACGCAUAAUAUACGUGGUUGCAACCAAGCAGCAAGGCCUGAGCAGCAGACACCAACUGCAUUCCCUCGCCGGAAUCCGGCAGCCAGACCCGAGCAGCAGUUCUCAAGUGCAUCGCCAAGCGCAUCACCAAGCGGAUCACCGAGCCCAUCACCGAGCCCAUCACCGAGCCCAUCACCGAACCCAUCGCCGAGCGCAUCGCCGGGUGCAUCACUGAGCCCAUCGCCGAGCCAGGACAGUCCUCAGCAGCAGUCGCCGACUGCAUCUCUUCGCGAUCUUGAAAGGCACUGUCAUCAACUGUGCCCUCCUAGUCAGUCACACCCAGAGGCAGGAAGGGUAAUCCCUCAUCGGAAUCAAGCAGACAGUCCUGAGCAGCAGUUGCCAGCCUCGCCCUCUGGUGAUCUUGAAAGGCGCCAUUGUCGACCACAUCAUCCGUCCCAGUUGCACCCAGAGGCAGAAACGGUAAUCCCUCACGGGAACCCAGCAGACAGUCCUGAGCUGCGGCCGCCGCCCUCGCCUCCUUGUGAUCUUCAAAGGCGCGGUCGGCGACCAUGUCAUCCAUCCCGGUCGCAGCCAGAGGCAGGAAUGGUAAUGCCUCGUCGGAAUCCAGCAGACAGACCUGAGGCGCAGUCGCAGACCGCGGUUUUUGGCGAUCUCGAAAGGCACUGUCAUCGAUUGCGUCAUCAGCCCCAGUCACAACCAGAGGCAGAAACAGUAAUCCCUCAUUGGAACCCAGUAGACAGUCCUGAGCAGCAGUCGUCGCCGCCGACUGCAUCUUCUUGUGAUCUUGAGACUUGCCUUCAUCCACUCCGUCGUGCAAGCUCAGCGAACAGUCGUCAGGAGCGGAGUGCAUCUCCUACUGAUGUGGAAAGUGAUGAAGAUUUAGCCCGUCAUAGAAAGCCAGCAAACAAUAACCAGCAGAGCACUUCAUCUGCUGAUCGCCAUCCUCCGAGUGUCUGUGAGAAUCUGGCAAACAGUCAUCAGCUGCGGGCUGCGUCUUGUACGGAUUUUGAAAAUUGUGAUGACCUACUCUAUCAUGAAAGCCCCGCGAACAGUUUCCCGCAAUGGAGUUCAUCUCCUGCUGAUGUCGAAACUCAAGAUGAUCUCCUCAUCCGCCGUUAUGGAAAGCCGGCAAAUAAUCAGCAGCAGCGCAGCUCAUCAUCUGUCGACCAUCAUCUAAGAGCCCACGAGAAUCCCGCGCACAGUCAUCGGCCGCGAGCUGCCUCGCGUGCUGGUUUCGAAAGUGAGCAUGAUCUCCUCCAUCAUCAUGAUGACGACCCCACAAAUGGUCAUCAGCAACAGAGUUCAUCGCCUGCAGAUGUCAAACGCCACCAUGAACUGGUCGCCCACGAGGACCUGACAAGCUGUAGUCAGCGGCGGACUGCAUUAAAUUUUGCUGUUGAUGUUGAAAGUCGCCUUCAAGUUGAUGUAUGCCGUCAUGGAAAACAAGCAAACAGUCAUCUGCACCAGAGGAGUCCCCAUGAUGUACGCUGUGAUGGAGACCCACCAGGCAGUCCUCAGCAGCAGCAGAGGAGUUCACCUCCUGCUGAUGUGAUUGUCCGUGAGAACAUGCCAAACAGUCAUCCGAUUCGGCACAGUGACUGUGCUCCGCCUACUGCCGAUUUUGAAAGUGGCCUACAUUCACGUAGGAUUGUGUACUUGGCAGGUGCUUCUGCAUCUCCCACAGAUUCUGAAAGGCGCAAUCGCUUAUGUAGGAAUGGCGGCGCCGCCUUUCCUGACGAUUCUGAAAUGGCUGGAUGUUCUGCUGGUUACCGUACUGAAACGCACUUUUCUCCACCGGUUAGCGGCGACUUGGAUGACGAUUCUCCUAUCUCCGCCAGCUCGUCCCCCAGUGAUAAUACCCGGCACCGUCGCCUGGAUGCAAGUGGAGACUUGUUAGCCGAUUCUGGUAUGGCCGCCCACUCAUGCCGCAAUCAUGCUCAAACCGAGCACUGCCACGUGGACCCUGAGGACAACUGUCAGAAGCAGGCGAUGGUAUCUCCUGCAGAUAUUGCAGCUCAUCAUCGUUGGGGAGCGGCUCCUCUUCAUAUGAGCAACAAGGACGGGUCCUCUUCGGUUCCCCGAGGUGGUGCUUCGCCACGCAGUCAUCUGCGAAGUGAGUGGCAGGUGUCACAUGCACCGCAGGCUGAUGAUGUCGGCUGUGAUCCCCUUCUGAGGAGGAGCAGCAGAAACAGAACCUCCUCCCGCCCCGAACAGCGUGACAGUCACUCUGGUUUGUCGCAUUCGCACACAGCACAUGACGGUACACGUACUACUGUAUUGUACGAUGACGGUGCGCCUUCCUAUGAUCGUGAUCAUCAGCCACAAAGUAGAGAGUCUAGAGACCCUUGUCCUCCAGCACAACAGGGAUCUAUUAUUUUGUAUAGUUACGAGAAGCGUUCCCGUAGGGCACAAGGCGCAAGUGAUGAAAUGGUUCCAGCACCAGAGCAGGUUGCUCAGGGCCACUCUCGGCAGACGCAUCUGCGCGACGGUGGUUCGAACAUCGGAGUUCUGUCACCAUGUCACAGUCAUCCUCGUUUGGCGGCAUCUGCUGACGCGGCGAUCGACCGCAUCUCCAUGCUAUGGGAUACUCCUGCAAGCAAUGCUGCAGCUCGAUUUCAACCUGGUGCUGCGCCUGCGCCUGCGCCUGCGCCAAAGCAUUCAGUACAGACUCGGACGUGGAAUCAGUAUCGAGAAGAAGACUGCUCGUCAUCUAGCGUCCCAGCUCCGGCAGUCGACUCCCCGUGUCCAAUCGCCAGGUACACCCAUGUUGAGACACGCAGGGUAGGUCGGUGUGCGGGCGCAGGCAAUGCAGGUUGGUAUGCCGGCACUGGCGACGUAGGUUGGUCUGCAAGCACCGCAAAUUAUGCAGUAGCGCACAGAGGUGGCAUGAGGAGAUCUCAGACUCUUGUUGUGAUGCGCCAUGGGCAGCGCAUCGAUGACAGCUCGAAGGCCGAGGAGUGGGCUCGGAGAAGUCCGCGGUUGUGGGACCCUCCCCUUACCGAAAGAGGAAAUCAACAGGCGUACGACACAGGACUGAAGUUGGCAGACAUGGGCAUAUCGAGAAUCGUUUGCUCGCCGUUUCUUCGCUGCAUUCAGACUGCAAGGCUUGUUCUUCAGGGCCUUAAGGAAGGACGACAUGAGAUGUCACCACAACGCGAACGUCAAGUACCGUCCAUCAAAGUGGCUGUUGAUUAUGGGGUAUGUGACAUCUUGAACCCAAGGGUAAUCAAGGAGAGACCGUGUGAUGAUAAUUGGUUUCCAGAUCUGAUGCUUGACUUGCAGAGGCUGAUUCCUGCUGAAAAUCUGGACUCCCGGCAGCCAUUCGUUAACGAUCUUCCCAAGUGGCCGGAGUCUGAGGUGGCAGCUAUGCAACGCUUCAUGCUUGCGUACGAGAGGGUAACUGAUCAGUACGUUGGCGAAAAUGUACUGGUGGUUAGUCAUGGUGACGCAGUGAGUGCGUCGAUCACAAAGAUGGUUGGGGUAGUUGUCUAUGAGGUGAAUUUCUGUGGCUACAGUCAUGCGUGGCGAAUGGUUUCCGAACGGGGGGUUGGUGAGUGGAAUCUGGUCACAAAAUCUGGAGACUCCGGUGUGUCCUGGAUCGAUUAGAUUGAAGGGUGACGAUAAGCUCCGAGUCG